CGUCACCCGUGAUCAACACAUAACCUCAUUUAGCCAUAAAAAAAAUAAACAAUUAUUCUUAACUGAAAAUUACUGAAAUUUUAAUUAUCAAAGUGAAGAAUAAAUUUCUCAAAUACGUAAAAUGCUACUGAAGCUUUGUCAACCUUCAUCAUACAGUGCAUUGAAAAUAAUUAAAAACAAAACUCGAAUUAACCUCAACGAUAUAAUUGUUACAAAUCAAUUAUGUCAACAAAAUCCCAUUAUUGUGACAUGUUUAAGAAAUUUAACACUAACUAAACAUGUCUCUGCAUUACCGGCAAACAGUGUUAUGAAUGUAUUUGACAGAAAUGCAAAAUUACUUCAAAGAGAACGUGCAGCAAAAAUGCCGGAUCCAAAAAUCUAUGACUAUAUCAAGGACGAAGUUGGUUAUAGAUUGGCUGAUAAAAUUUAUGAUGUUAAAAGAAAAUUUAAAAAAGCUCUCGACUUAGGUUGUGGUAGAGGACAUGUGUCAAAACAUAUGACCAGUGAUUCAAUUGAAGAAGUAAUAUUAUCAGACAUGAGUCCAAGUUUUUUGGAGCAAGCUAAUAUUACCGAUGAUGGAAUUAAAGUGCAUAAACAAGUUAUGGAUGAAGAAACAUUUUCACUUGAAUCAAAUAGUUUGGAUUUAAUUGUCAGUUCAUUGAGUCUUCAUUGGGUUAACGAUCUACCAGGAUGUUUUAGUAGGAUAAUUAAUUGUUUGAAACCGGACGGUGUUUUUAUCGGUGCAAUGUUUGGUGGUGAUACACUUUACGAACUUAGAGGAUCUUUGCAAUUAGCGGAAAUGGAAAGAGAAGGAGGUGUGGCUGCACAUAUUUCACCUUUUGCAGAAAUUAGAGACAUUGGAAGUCUAAUGACGAGGGCAGGAUUUACAAUGUUGACAAUAGAUACUGAUGAAAUUGUUGUGGGUUAUCCUACUAUGUUCGAACUUAUGUGGGAUUUAAAAGGAAUGGCAGAAAACAAUGCAUCGAGAAAUCGUAAACUGCAUUUAAAUAGAGACACAACAAUGGCUGCUGCAGCAAUUUAUAAUCAAUUAUAUGGUAAAACCAAAGAAGAUGGUUCAAAAUAUAUACCAGCGACUUUUCAAAUUAUUUUUAUGAUUGGAUGGAAACCAGAUCCAUCGCAACCAAAACCAUUAGAACGCGGGACAGGACAAAUAUCUUUGAAAGAUAUUCAUAAACUCGAUGAACUUAUUAAAGAAACGAAAAAAAUUAAACUUAGCGAUAACGAUAAAUAGUAAAAAAAAAAAAAAAAUUCGUUAUAAAAGUUGUAAAUGUAUUUUAAAGUUCUUUGGCAUGAGGGUUCUAUGAAAAAAAGAACAAAAACUUUUCCUUUAUUU